CCAUCAGCCUCUGGACGGGAGAGGUCUCGUCGGAGCUCCGCGUCAACGUUUCCGAAAUUUGUGAGGUCCCGAUCGUACUUCUUCCGCCAUUUUGGAUAAAUUCCCUUCUUGGACGCGACUCCCGACGGAAACUGUUGACCGUCGGAUGUGUCGGUGGGCCAAUGGAGUGACACUCGCCCAAAGGAGAGAGGGCCAGACAGACGAACAAAAGAAGGUUCCGUCUCUCUCGGCUUAUAGGGCCGUGUGUGUCAGUGUGCGCUAUCGUUUCCAUUUGUGAUGAGGUUGGAAAAAUAGAUGACGAGAGGAGACUACUUAUAUAUGUGCCGUGGUGGUGUUGCCCUGCCAGUGAUGAAGUGUUUUGUGUGUUGUGCGUGUGUGCGCGUUUGAGCAAAACGGGUUUGAAAAUGUGUGAAAUCUGAAUCAAUAACAGUAUGAAUUUGUGAUCGCGUUUGAAGAGACUGCAAAUGAUAAAUGUAUUGAAACUGAAAGUGAUUUUUUUUAUCUGUCCUGGAUAUCACCGUCCCUCAGUGCCAGUGAUUAAAGACUGCUAAUUAGAGAGAAGAUACACCAAGGUUCCCAGAGUGAUCGUCCCGAAGGAAUUUGCAGUCUUCUAGUGAUUGAAUGUCUCACACUCACGCCCAUUUCCCCACGCCCUUCUUGGUCUGGUCCAGCCCAUAUUCUUGAGGGCCUCCCCACCAGUAGGAUCCCGCGUCCAUGCACCCAUGCAACAUGCAACGGGCAGCAGCAGGUGGAGGAGGUGAUCUUGGGCUGGAGACGACUCCCUGGACUUCAAAAACGAGGCGACACAGGAAUCCUUUGGCACACGCACGCGCCCUCGGGAGGCACCAUGAAGCUACACGAGGUGGCCCUGGUCCUAGCACUCUUCUUGGCCACGGCGGGGCACCACCCUGCUAGUGGGGAGCAGCGCAGCCCUCGCGUCGUCACGACCAAGUACGGCCAGCUGAGGGGUGUCAUCAAGUCGCUUCUGAACAAGCGCCUGCGGCCGGUCGAGAUCUUCCUGGGCGUGCCCUACGCGGCGCCUCCGGUUGGGAAGAAGAGGUUCAGCCCGACCAAGACGCCCACGCCCUGGAGUGGGGAACGCAUUGCGGAUCAGUAUGGCCCCGUCUGUCCGCAACACCUUCCGGAGCUCUGGGGGGAGGAGGCGGAGGCCACCAUCCCGAGGGACCGGCUCCUGCAUUUGCGCCGUCUGGCCAAUUAUCUGACGCAUCAAGCGGAGGACUGUCUGUACCUCAAUGUCUACGUACCCUCCUUAGUCGCUGACAUGAGCGGACACCGAGCCCUGCCGGUGCUGGUCUUCAUCCACGGGGAGAGCUUCUUGUGGGGCGCCUCUAAUUCCUACGACGGGUCUGUGAUAGCCGCCUACAGUGAAGUCAUCGUUGUCACUCUUAAUUACCGCCUGGGACCCUUGGGAUUCCUGAACACCAACUCUGACCUGAGCGACCGUAGGCACGUCGCCAACCACGGCCUGCUUGACCAGAUCGCGGCGCUCCACUGGAUCCAGGAGAACAUCGGGGCCUUCGGGGGCGACCCCGGAAGCGUGACCCUCAUGGGGCACGGCACAGGGGCCGCCAGCAUCAACUUCCUGAUGAUUUCGGCAGCCGUGACCCCGGGACUCUUCCACCGGGCCAUUCUGAUGUCCGGGUCAGCACUGAGUUCGUGGGCGACCGUGACGACGCCCCUGCAGUACGCCCUGCAGUUCGGCCACGCCCUCAACUGCACGGGCGACCUGCUGCUGUCGCAGCAAGAGCAGCAAUCCAUCUCGACGAGGGAGCUGGACCAGAUGGUGCUGUGUCUGAAGGAGAAGCCCCUGGACGAGAUCCAGGCCGUGAACAUCGCCGCGCCCCAGUUCCUCCACGCCUUCGGCCCCAGCAUCGACGGCAUUGUCAUCAAGAGCGACUUCCGGACGAAGCUCCGGAAGACCGCGGACGACUUUACCAAGGAGUACGACCUGCUCUUCGGCGUCGUUCCCCACGAGUCGUACAACGACUUCAACCAGGAGGACCUGAGGCAGGGAAUCAGCCUGGAUCGCAGGGACCGGAUCUUCCGGACUAUGAUCCGCAACUCGUACGACUACCACCUGAACGAGGUCUUCAUCUCCGUCGUGAACGAAUACACCUACUGGGAGGAGCCCGAGGAGCACCCGUUCCUGACGAGGGACGCGACGAUGAGCGCCCUCAGUGACGGGCGCUACGUGGCUCCGCUGCUGGUCACCGCAAAUAACUUGAGGAUCGGGGAUAAAAAUCAGUAUUUUUACGUGUUCGACUACACGCCCUCGAAGAACGAUAUAGCCCGUACUGUGAACGGGGCAGUACACGGGGACGAGCUGCCCUUCGCAAUGGGAGCGCCACUUGUAGGAGAACUAGGCGUCUUCAAAGGCAACUGGAGUCGCCAGGAUGAACUUCUGUCGGAGGCGUUCCUCACCUACAUCACAAAUUUCGUCAAAACAGGAAACCCAAACUUCAAACCUGGACAAGAACUAAACGUAAUUCUGAGAGAUAAACUCAAAUUCAAGAACAUUGACUGGGAAAAGUAUGACCCGGUAUACCAAAAGUACUUACGAAUUGAGUCACUACAGAGCCCACCAGAUUUGUGGACGUGGCUAGUUCCCGAAAUGCAGCAGGUAGGUCGUCGCGAGUUCCUGACUCUCCUGGAAGACCCAGAGGAGAGCAGCAUCCCAGUCAGCAAGGAGCAACUGCAGGAGUUAUCCGUUUUGCAUCAUCUGUUCUUGCAACAUGAUUCUCCCGAGCUCUAUUCAGGAGUAGUCCGGCCACUUCACCACAUGGCCGGGCACUACAUCGUGCCCACAUCCACAACCACCAUGGCACCUCCUUCGACGAACAUCCCUCCAAGACUCUACCAGCUCUACACAACUCAUCGAUCUGCCCAGCACAGAGACUACAACUUCCAGCCUGUGGUUCCUAUGAAUGCCACUGCGCAUGUACAGCCUACGAUGCUUGAAGGUGUUGGGUACGUGUCGUAUUCAACAGCUCUUUCGGUGACGGUUGCCAUUGGCGUUUCUUUGUUACUCCUGAAUGCUCUGAUCUUUGCUGGCGUUUACUACAGAAGAGACAGGCGGCAGGCGGGAGACAAAAAGGAGCAGCAGAGUCAACAUGACAGCCAAAGUAGCAGUGAGCAGCACCUUCCUGGCAUCAGCUCAGUCUUUGGACCAAAUUUGGGGUCGGUGAGUAACGUCGACAUAGCCAAGACCUUCUCCACUGCUACGCCUAGGCCAGUUCCAUCCUCCCCACUCUCUUACUCACCGGAGGUCACUCACAUUUCCGAAUGUCCUCCAGCAUUUGCAGAUAUAGCCCCUUGCGAGGAGAGCAACAGCCAAUACAAUGUACCACCCUCGAUACCCCUAAACGUAGCCAAUGGCGGUGCUCAGGCUUUAGGGGUACCUGGAGGAGGGGGUGGUACUCCUCAGCAGCAGUACCAACAACAGAAGCUUUCUGAAGAGCACCAACAGCAGCAGCAGCAGGCUAGGCACUACAUGGGCAUCCCUCCUCCACAUUCAGUAGUGCAGCUGGGCCCCUCCGAGUCCCAGCCACUGUUGCCAAUCAAUAUGCCUUCUCCCCCCCAUAAAAAGGUACCCCCAUACGACGAGCUGAGGGUAUGAUGGCGGCGCCCUCUGGUGACUGUGUUAUCUUCUGCCGAGCACUUGCAUGGUGAACCCCCUCUCCCUUACGUCCUCCCAGAUAAUCACCAGCACGCCCAAGUCGUGGACUACUACGGAGGCGCUUUCCAGGACACCCACGACUGGACCACUUCGCUCUCCAGCACCAGUUCCGAUUUGGCCAUAAUACACACGGACACCAGUGGCAGCAGCUCGUCGACUUGGCCCAGGAAGUCCCACGAAGCUCGGCAGUCGUUACCAGAGGGUCAGUUACCGAGUACCGAAAAAUUGUCGCCAGGAGCUCAGAUAGAACAGCAUCAAGUGUAGAAAGAAGACUAUCAAAGUACCGAUGUUAAAAAGGUGCAAAAUUGUCGCUAGGAGCUCAGAUAGAACAGUGUCAAUAGUAGAAACAAGACUAUCAAAGUACUGUUGUUAAAAAGGUGUAAAAUUGCCACCAGGAGCUCAGAUAGAACAGCAUCAAGUGUAGAAACAAGACUGUCAAAGUACCGAUGUAAAAAAGAUUCAAAAUUGUCUGCAGGAGGUCAACUAGAAAAGCAACAAGUGUAUAAACAAGACUUUGCAAGUUCUGUUGUCAGUGAAUUUUAAUAAAUAUGUUGUGUGAUAUUAUGAAACCUACACAUUUCUCCUUUAUUUACAUCAAAAUGGACCGAAAGUGGGGAAAAGUGGCAUGAGCUAGUAAAAUCGUUUUAUCACCAUUAUCACUUUCCUUGCGAAGAAUAGUAAGACACAAAAGAUCCAUUGAGGUCGCUUCAGCAUAUCAACCUAUGUUGCUGACACGGUGUACGUAGAAUACAUGUGUUCUCUUUCUCGAAGCCAAAUUAAACCCUUUUAGUACAGUUUCAUAUCGUAAACGAAACAUUCGGUGUUAAGCAGAUGGUGAUCAUGACGAAGGAGUGUCUGUGGAAACGUUUCGUUUAAUUCCUUGUAGAUAAGUUUGUGGUGAUUCUGUAGAACAAAAACUGAGGAAUGUGAAAAUGGAAGCAACUUUCAUGAAAGAUUAAACGAGGAUAUUUAACAUAAUAAAGUAUUCAUUCAAGAAGUUAAAAGAUAAACAAUUAACUGCUCGUGUACGUUCUCUUAUCAUGGGUAAGAUACUGGGCAUUAGACGAAUUUAAAAAGAUAAAAAAAGAGACUAUAGAAACAGGGGCUUCCUUGUUAUAUAUAUAUGUGUAUAUAUUUGUGUGUAUAUAUAUACUUAUUUUCAAGAUACUCACCAUUUAUGUAUUGUCGUGUUUGAUACUUUUCUUGAAUUACUCUGUACAAAAAAAAUGUUUUAUAUAUAUGAAUAUAUAUAUGUAAGUAUUACAUGUAAGUAACAGUGUAUAAAUAGUAGAAGAUUAUAUAGUGGAGUAAUGGCAACUGUUUUUUUGAAAUGAAAUUUGCUAAAUAUU